UUGAAGUACUAGUCCAUAGAAAGGAUUUACCUUUCUUAAUCAUAAACUAGGGCGACUAUUGCGCCCACCCACGCACCAGAUCACAAGAAUCAGAUUCCCAGCUUGCUUCGACCUGGACCGGACCUGGUCACACACUCUCCCCAUUCAACGUCGUCGUUUACCAAAUCCCUAAAUUCAAUUCAAUUCAAUUCAAUUCAAUUCAAUUCAAUCAUCUUGUAUGUUAAUCCUUCCUUCAUCAAUCGCAUCGCUUCACACACCCAAUUCCCCCUGCCAUGUCCGCGUCGAUUUCUAGGGUUUCACGCCUCAUCCUCCUCAUCCUCUCCAUAUUCUCAUUCACCAAUUCUCCAGGUUUGGUGUUAUCUGCAGUGGUCACGCUGAGUUCCCUUGAGAUAUUUACAACGCAUGAGUGGCUAAGAGCUACUCCAUCUGUCUAUUUUCGAUGCACUGGGGACAAUAAAACCGUGUUGCCUGAUAUUAAGAAACCCCAUGUUUUGUAUACUUUCAAGGGUGAAGAGUCUUGGCAGCCUUUGACUGACUUCCCUAGUAAAAAGUGCAAGCGAUGUGGAUUGUAUGAGAAAGACCCCAUUCUUUCAGAUGAUGUGUUUGAUGAGUGGGAGCUGUGUCCUUCUGAUUUUGCCGCCCCUGAUGGAAAAUACAGCCUCUUCAAGGAGAAAGAAUUUAAUGCUACUUUCCUCUGCCCAGAGUGCUUAACUCUUCCUGGUGUUGCUGUCCCUGCGCCUGAAGGGAAUCGUGAUAAAAAAGGAAUGAAUGUAGCUCUUGUAAUCUUGCUGGUUGUUUUGGUCUCAGCUAUACUGAUCCUGGCAAUGAUGGGUGCAUAUAAGUACUGGCAAAAGAAGAAGAGAGAGCAAGAUCAAGCUCGGUUUUUGAAGUUAUUUGAAGAAGGAGAUGACCUUGAGGAUGAGCUCGGGCUGGGCACUAUAAUAUGAUAGCAAACAAAUACCCUCUUGUACAGUAGGUUUUCCUUACACAAUUUUGUUUAUGAAAAAGAAUGAGAAAGGAUUUUCUGGUAAAUGAUGUGCUACUUUGACGAUGAGAUAGUUGUCAAGGUGGAUAGCAAUGUGUUAUUGUUCACAUUCA